GUCCGCAAGCAUUGACAGGUGCCGUGCGGGACAAAAGUCAGCCAUCUUUACCCUUUUGCACCUUCAACUCUGUCUAGUCCCGACAGCCUUUCAUCCCCAAUCGUCUUCUUUCCAUCUAGAUUUCCCAGUUUUCCAUCAUUGUCUGCGUGUUUAGAUUCCUUUCCAACAGCAACUGCUCGUCCCUCGAUCCGACCUCGGCUACCAACGAUUUCGAACACAACAGGCCGCCAACGUUUUGAGCACAAAGAAAAAGCAUGGAGGCCCCUACAAUUCCUGUUAUACCUCCAAGACCUUCCAAGCCUCCCAGCAAAGAUGCUGAAGCUGCUGCUGCUGCGGCGCCGGCGGUGCCCCAGAUUCCUGCUCGCCCCAGCAGGAAGCACGUGGAGCGCUCAGUAUCACCCAAUCCUGCUCGUUUUGCCCAGUCUCCUCUUCGGGAAGGUUUCUCGAAAGGGUACAAAUCGAGCGGAUCCAAGGACUACUUCGCUGGCGUCGCUCCCGCUGAACCUAUUGAAAGAAGCCCGAGUGUCGGUAUGCCCUCUGUAGGUGAAGAAGGCAUGGAAUACGGGGCACUCGACGAAGCUGUAGCGCUCACCCAAACCGGAAUUGUGUCUGAUAGCCUCAAACUACAUGCACCCAAGCCCUCACUUUCACCCGAAACCGCCAAAGAGCGGGUCAAAGCCGUCACACGAACAGACUCAGACAAGGCAGCUUCUUUUGGUCUCGGCCGACCUAGCUCUAGUCAGGACCGGUCAUCCUCUCGCCAAGGGCUUCGUAGAAAGCCAAGUUCUACUUUCUCAGUUGCUAGUGACCAGGAUGACGAAGGCAUCCCUGAAAUUGGACAGCGUGUGCCCAUGAACCGACAUCUGGGAGAUGUUCAGGCCCCAUCGCAGGAUAAUGGAUCUGAGGCUGUGACUAGGCACCAUCAGCGCAAGCUAAGCAGCCGUAACUUGCCACCGGGAAGUUAUGGUCUUCACGGCCACGGCAACCUUGAAGAGGAUAAGCUGGAGAAGGCAUACUACGAGAAACACCCCGAACUUCGAGAGAAAGAACAUGUUUCGUAUAGAGACCGUCCCAACGAUUUUGCCAUGAGCAAAAAUGAUCUUAACCGCCUGGUUAGAGAUACGGUCAACCGACCGUCAUCAACGUCUUCCCGCGAGGUCGUAGGAACACCGACUGAAGAAGUUGCAUUCCAGGCAACAGACUACUAUGCUUAUAGCAUUGCAGCUCCCAAGUCUGCACCACCUUCAAAGCUGAGCUUUGAAGCUCCAAAGGCAACAGAAUCUGAGGCUAAGGAGCAGGAAGCUGAGGCGAACACUAUCCAUGUUACGGACUCCAACCACGCCGAAUUCUACUCAUAUGGUGGAGAGCAUAAUGUGGCUGAUGCAGACGAAAAGUCAUACACCAUUCCUAUUCUGGCCUCAGAUGAAAUUGAUAUCGGCCCUAAUGCCCGUGCUCAACAUCCGGCUAUUCAUCCACAGGACCGAUCAGAGCCGUUCGAAUCCGACUUCCCCGCCAAACCAGCUCCCGUACGCCCGUCAAUUGUACAUCGACCCUACUCUCAACCGGAAUUUUCAUUCACGCGACUGGAUGAUGUCAAGGAAUAUGACCCUCUCUUUCCCGAAGAAGCUGCGAAGGAUCAGCAGAGCAAGCGCGAGGAAGCCGAGAAGAAAAUUCGUCACCAUUUUCCCAGCAAGGAUAUUUGGGAAGAUGCCCCCAACAGUGUGCACUACACUGUCGAAGUGUCUACGCCUGAUGUGGAAGAUGAAACUAAGGCAAGACGAUCGUCAAGCUACCUGGCUGGACGACCCAUUACAACUGCCCAAGCUUUUGCCCAAUACCAAGAGGAGCUCGCCGAGAAGGACUCUCAGGGUCGAGCCCAUAAGUUUCUACCAUUGCAAGAUAACGUACCAAAGCCCUCUUGGAUAGAACAUCAAUCGCAUCUUGGCGUCCGCCGACCUGCUGGCCCAAAAAGGUUCCCAAGCAAAGAUGUUUGGGAAGAUGCACCUGAAAGUCAACUCUAUGAGGCGGAACUAUCUGAAGAGCCACAAGCUACCAUUGACGAGGACAGAGAUGCGGACGCCAAGGUAGCACCAGUUGUUGCUGCUGCUUCACAACCGCCAGCCAUUCCGGAGCGCCCUAAGCCUGCCCCGAAAGCUGUUGGUCAGGUAUCGAAGCAACCCUCAGCGGUUUCCGAGAAGCCCAAACCACAAAUACCUGCUCGCCCUACUAAACGAGGCUCUGGUGAUGCUUCUAUUAGCGAAGCGGCCGCUGCAAAGGCCAAGCCUCCAGUGCCCGUGAGACCCGUCGGGGGCAAGAUUGCUGCUUUACAAGCUGGUUUUAUGACUGACCUCAACAAACGCUUACAGCUUGGCCCGCAAGCUCCUAAGAAGGAAGAACAGCAAGACUCGGAACCAGCUGAGGAAGUUGAAAAGGCUCCACUCGCGGAUGCCAGAAAGAGCAGAGCCCGUGGUCCCCAACGCAGGGCACCCUCAAAAGCAGCUUCUGCAGUGAGCAGCUCAACUAGCCCAGCUGCUGCUACCCUAGCCAUAUCCGUUCCCCAAACUUUCUGGGCUAUCAACCCUGAAAAUGGCCGGUUGGCAUUGACUGUUGAUGAGGAGCAUGACGUGGCUGGCGAGGUAGCCCCUAUUGUAGAAAAGGCUAAACCUAUCAGCAUAACCGAAGAAACUGAGAAGGUCGAUGAGCCAGGAAAGGCUAAACCUAUCAGCACAAGCAAAGAAACUGAGAAGGUCUCGGAGCCAGCAGAGCCUCCUGCGAUAACAUCACAGGAGGAAGAAACUGCAACAACAAAGGUUGAACCAGAGCAUGAUGAGACUGUCGUUGAGGAGAAGGUAUUAACAGCGGAAGCAAAGAAACUAGUUGCGGAUGAGAGCGUCGGCGCAAAGACGGAAAAGACCGAAGUGGCGGACGACAGCACUGAUGUUGAUAAAGUUAUCGAAACAGAAGAGGCUGAGUAAUAUUUGCUAGGCUUUUCUUUUACUAAGCCUUGUUUUCUCAAUCUACCAUAUAUUAUAUUUGGUUAGUGUAGUACUGUAAUUAAAGACUGUUGCGUAAGAUGUUUGAAUGUUAUAUGGUUGUAGUGGUACAAAUAUUAUUCGUUGGGACGAUCAUACUGUAUCUAACAAACGAGACCGACUAUUUACCCCAAGAACUAUUCUCCUGUUCUGAACCCUGCCGUUCCUUCUCUAGCAUUGCAUCGAACUCUCGCUGGGCCUGGCUACGUUCGCGAUUAUCAUCACUAGCUGAAUCUUGGCCCCAGCUCUGCGGUGGAGUGGGCUGCUGUUGUAUUUGAGGUCGUUGACCACCGGAGGCUUGCUGACGGACUCUAUCCCAGGCCGAAACGUUGCUAUUAGCCGCAAAGCUGUCUCUCUGCGCAGCUGGUGCGACCGGAGAGCCAUCGUCAAUGUCAGAUGAGGCCCAAGGAUCGUUCGAGUUGGCUUGUUGGGUGCUAAUGGGUGGGCGUGCCGACCAUGAAUUCUGCUGCGGUUGCGAUUGCGGCUGAGGCUGAAUCUGGCGACUGGGUGAAUCCGAAUAGUUUUGCGAUUCCGAGUCUGUGGGCUGUUGUUCGUAGACGGCGGAAGAAUAUUCUGCUUCGGUAUUUUGUGAAUAAUCGCCAGACAUGGCACCGGAGGUAAUGCUAGCGGCCUCGUUUCGUGCCUCUCUCAAUAGUCGGCUGAGCCUAGGGUCCUUGUCGGUAGCGAACUUGCGAUUCCAAAAGAUAAGAGCCUGUAAAACUGGCUGGACGGUGAGGGCACCGACCACGUAGUAUGCGACGAGCCGGGCGCCAUGGGCCAUGGCUCGCUUGAGUGAUCGUUCUGGACCAGGGUUUUGGGCGAAUGCUGGUGUGAAAAUAGGGAACUUCAUGGUGCGUCUGCCUCUCCAAGUCAUGAACAAGGCGAAGCCUGUGGUUGCAAAUGACGCCAGGACAUUGUUGUUUGUCGCCGUCAGAAGAUGCUCGGAAAUAGCCUGGGUUUCGUGAUCCUCCAAGUUUCGGUCGUAGUGAGAUGCGAAAGAGACAGCCACUGACUCGGCGAGGGCUAAACUGCGCUGCGUAGUUACACCAGUAACACGAGCGUAGAGAGGCGCCCGAUAGUCCCGGAAGAGUCGCUGCAUUUGCGAAUGGACGUAUGGUUGGUACUUUUGGCGGUUCUGGAGAUCGUGCUGUUUGCGCUGUUCCAUUGUAGCCCUCACCCGGCGUGUGUACUCGGCCGGCGAGACAUUUCCUUGAUCGUUUGGCCCGUUCAUAGCGAUUGGAUUGCUUAAUUGAUGAAAGGUGAAGUUCGAUACGAAUGCGU